CUCCAGCGUCCUACCCUUCCAGGUCUAACAAUGUAGUCAUGCAGUCGUGCGCCUCCAACUAGUAACCGGGGUCGCCGAGGAGGAUUUCCCAAUAAAUAUGUAGCGUUGCGGGGUAAUGUCAAUUCUCCAACCGAGAUGAUGUGUGAGCACAGCCUCGAUCUGCGCCACACGCUGUGCCGCACCACCCCUAAAAGGCUAAAAUGCAGCCCUGUAAAUCCUCCAUGGGGUAAUUGCUUAGGUACCUAGGGCGUGUGUAAUUACUUAAGAAGUCGUCCGUCUGCUCCUCGCCGAAUUCACUAACCUCUAACCUUGGAUUGCCACAAAAGCUUGCCACAAAAGAAGCAAGACCUGAGAUCGGCCAUGUCCCGAACCGCCGCAUCAUCAUCCCAUUUCCUUGGGAUCCGCCUCGAGGCCGACCAAAAGACAUAUGCCCCCGGGGACACGGUCAUCGGGUGUGUCUACCGAAAGGCCCACGCCGUCUCGGUGCGCGCAAGUGUCACUAUCUCGGUGCACGGGAGAUCAUAUUGCGAGAUAGAGGUACGCGAGUCCCAGAAUCAGCAGCAUCAUACCAGAACCUACCACAGGGAGCUCGGUUUCUUCGACAUGACCCGGAAUGCGCAGAGGCUAUUCGAAGGGCCUCUUCAUAUCGCGCCUGACAGCGAGGGCCAGGUCUGGCCCUUCGCUGUCACCAUCCCCCCGUUUAUCGAUAACAGGGGCAUAGCCCGGGACCUUCCCAGUUGCGAAAGUUACCUGCCCAUAGAUCACGAGGACAUUGCGACCCAGCCACUCCCACCCACCUUCUGGAGCGGGUCGGACGGAUACUAUACAUCUAAGAGCUUUAUUGAAUAUUAUCUCCAAGCCGACCUCCGACUGGCCAGAGAUGGCUCAGCAGAUGUCCAAACUUCAACGCUCCCCCUGCACAUCCCGGGCUUUUCGCCAGAGCCCCCGAUAACAGACUUCAACAUACGGCGCCAAAUCUUCUUUCGAUCCGUCACCUCACAGCGGCUCAUCCCUGGCAUGGAAAACGCCGAGCUGUCCUUUGCCCAAAAGACGCAGAAGCUCUUCAGGACGUCCAAAGUCCCCCACUUCUACUUCGAGCUCGAGGUGGAAAUCCCGACCGUCAUCCAGUUGGAGAACCCCAACGCCAUCCCCUUCCGCGUCCGCGUCAAGCCCGCCUGGGACCAGACAAGCGAGAUCAUCCGGAACCUGCCCCAGAAAGUCAAGCUGACGUCCUUGGUCCUGGAGCUCAAGUCGGACACCGAGGUGACAUGCGGGGGGAGGUUCGGGAAAGAGCAUGCCAGCAACACGCACGAGACGGACCUCCAGGUCCCCAAGGCCCUCCAAGCGCUGGGCAGGGACGUCUUCAUACCAUGCACGGCCGAGUGGCCGGCCAUUGAUAUCGGCGAGCUCAUCAACUUCCGAGUCAGAUCGCAGGGCCGCAUCGGCCAGAGACUCACAAACAUAUACCUCAUCUACCCCUGCUUUACGACGUACAACAUCAAACAUAGCCACCGAUUGAAGUGGAAGCUACGCGUCACCAUCGCGGGCGAGGAAGUGAAGGUGGACGGCCAAGCAAAAGUCAUUGUGCUGCCACCGAGCGACACGAAUCCGGCCUGGACUGCUCCGCCAUUGGAGACUCAGGAGACAGAGUCGUGGAUCCAUCCGCCGGCUGACGACGAGGCUCCGCCGUCUUUCGCAGAGACACAGAAGGAAGGCCGGGCCAGCAGUCAGGAAGGGGGUUCUAGUUAUUAGAUUAAGGU